AUGAAGGGCUCCGUUUCACUAGACCUCGUUCGCGGGCAUAUUGCAGCCGCCAUUGAUGCUGAGGCUCAAGCCCUACGACAACUCAACAAGGAUAUUCACAGUCACCCAGAGAUCGCGUAUGAGGAGGUUUAUGCGCAUGAUACGCUGACCACCUUUCUUGAGUCGCGAGGUUGGGCAGUAAAGCGACAUGCGUACGGUUUGCAGACCUCUUUCGAGGCAGAAACUAACACCACCGUGGGGGGACCAGUCAUCUUAUUUUGUGCCGAAUAUGACGCGCUUCCAGGGAUUGGCCAUGGCUGCGGUCAUAAUCUGAUCGCUACAUCUUCCCUAGCCGCAUUCCUAGGCCUUGCAAAGGCAGUCCGGGAGAUGGGGCUACCUGGUCGAGUUCGCAUUCUUGGAACUCCAGCAGAGGAAGGUGGGGGUGGGAAGGUCAAGCUUAUCGAAGCAGGAGCAUUCAAAGACCCCGAGAUUAAGGCAGCGAUCAUGGCUCAUCCUAUUUCGCUGUGCGGCCUGCCCGAGGGUUACCAAGGGAUAGCCGGGUUCCAAACUAUCGCUAGCCACAAGCUUCGUGUUGAGUAUCGGGGCCGGGGCGCUCACGCUGGAGGUGAUCCAUGGCGUGGACUCAAUGCCUUGGACGCCGCAGUAGGGAGCUACAAUAGUAUUUCCAUACUACGACAGCAGAUCCAACCAGAUGAGCGAGUUCAUGGAGUGAUUGAGGACGGCGGGAAGGUCCCAAAUGUGAUCCCAGACUAUACACGUAUGAACUGGUAUAUUCGGAGCGGAACUGCCGCCCGCGCGGAUGACCUGCUUGCGAGAUGCAAGGGUUGUUUUGAGGGCGCUGGACAAGCCACUGGCUGUCAAGUCAAUUAUAUCAUGGCUCCCACUUAUAAAGAGCUAGUUCUCAACAACGAUUUCUGUGACCUCUACACGCAGGAAAUGAGUGUUCUAGGACGAACAGUUUUGGCCAAACAGGAGACUAUAGCCUCCAUAUCUACUGACAUGGGAAAUGUCUCCCAUGAGGUCCCCAGCUUCCACGGAGUCUUUGGCAUUCCAACCCCUCCAGAUAUCCCAGGUCACCAUCCGGAGUUUGCGAAAGCAGCUGCCACCGACCAAGCCCAUGAGGAAGCUAUUCUUGCCGCCCAUGCCAUGGCAAUGCUUGGCUGGAACGUUUUAGAGAGAGAGAACAAAGCCAUAUAUCCUAUUCGAUAUGACGAGACGCCUUUAAAGUCACUUUUUAAGUCACAAGAGGCGGAGAAAAAGAACAUGAGCUCAAGUACGCAUCAUACCGAAGAGAGAUAUGGCAAAGACACCUCCAUGGAUGGACAGGUUUCUUAUCAAGUCUCAAAUGGCAUAGUCGAGUUCGACGGCCCAGCCGACCCGACACACCCUUUCAAUUGGCCGCUGAACAAAAAGUGCGCCGUCUCCGUGGCACUCGCAUUUUCCACAUUUACUGUGGGUUUCAACUCAUCACUCUUCUCAUCAGCAACUACUCAAGUCACCAAUGAAUAUGGAGUAUCCCAUGUUGCGGCAACAUUGGGGGUCUCCUGCUAUGUGCUGGGCUUUGCUACCGGUCCAAUAUUCUGGGCUCCCUUCUCUGAGCUGAAAGGAAGGCGACUACCCAUUUUGCUAGGUAUCUUUGGAUUUGCGGUAUUUUCCUUGGGAGUCGCGUCCGCCAACAACAUACAAACGAUCAUCAUUUGCCGCUUCUGGGCUGGUAUGUUCGCUGCAUCACCCAUGACCGUAGCCGCUGCGGUAUUUGCCGACAUCUUCGACGGAGCGGCCCGAGGCCCAGCCACAUCUUUAUUCUGCAUAAACGUCUUGAUGGGACCUAUGUUGGCACCUUCAGCCGGUGGUUUCAUAUGUGCAUCCUCCCUCGGGUGGCGCUGGACCGCAUGGCUGGGGAGCAUUAUGGGAUUUACAGGGUUUGUUCUUGACAUGCUUUGGCUGGAUGAGACGUACGCACCUGUACUUUUGACGGAAAAGGCGAUCGCACUACGCCAUACGACUGGAGACUGGAGCCUACAUGCGAAGCAUGAAGAGAUUGUUCUCGACAGAAGGACGCUGGUAGUCACAUACCUCGCCCGGCCCCUCCGUCUACUGUUGACCGAGCCGCUAAUCUGCCUCUCCUCAAUUUAUCUCGCCUUUAUCUACGGGCUGAUGUAUCUGUUUCUAUCGGCAUACCCACUGGUCUUCCAAAAUGUACACGGUUUCAGUCCUGGUGUAGCCGGACUCGCCUACCUGGGCCUGGUGCUGGGGAUCUUGAUAGGCGGGGCGUACGUGAUUUCCACGCAACCAUCCUACCGCCGCAAGCUAAAGGCAAACAACGGGGUGAUUAUCCCAGAAUGGCGCCUCCCUCCUGUUAUGAUUGGUAGUGUGACAUUUGCGGUGGGAGUCCUUUGGUUUGGGUCGUCGGGGUACCGAGCUUCUGUGCACUGGAUUGUACCAGUGCUAUCCGGCGUUCCUACCGGCUUUGGGCUGUUUUGCAUCUUCCAGCAGUUGCUCAAUUAUCUUAUUGACAUCUACCUACCUUAUUCUGCCUCCGUCAAUGCGGGCAGCUCAAUUCUUCGUUCGCUAUUUGGGUUCGGAUUUCCGCUAUUUGCAUUGUCAUUGUUUGAUUCCUUGGGUAUCAAUUGGGCAAGUACGCUUCUUGGGGGUAUUGCUGCGCUGUGUGUUCCACUGCCAUGGAUCUUCUUCAAAUGGGGCCCUCAAUUGAGGGCGAAGAGCAAGUACAGUUUAAAAUUGUAA